CAGGACGGGCGCGGGGUCCCCCGGGUACACUCCGGCAGGAAUGGGAAUCUCCCGAAGUGGGACCCGGGAGAGUGUGAAGGGAUCGGAGCCGCCUGGAGGUCAAGGGUCAAGGGUCGGGGCACCACGUGUUCCGCAUCCCGGCCGGAUCGCCGCGGCCUCCGGGAGAAAGCGGGCGGCGCUCUCGGAGCGACCCGGGUACCAGGGUGGGCUCCUGACUCUGCAGCUGCCGGCCAGCCCGCUCGGGUACCGGCAGCGGCGUGACCUUCACAAGGUCAAGGCUGCCGCGGACCUCCCCCGCGCUGCCCCUACGGCGCAUGGGCGGCGCCUGACUCCCGGCAUACCUCGGGGUGCGGGGCGGGGCGUCUCCGGGGAGCGCAGCCAAUGGGCGAGGUGCGCUGGUGAGCGCGGCGGGGCUCCCGGCAGCCCUCGGGGCGCGGCACGCAGGCGGGGGCGGGUCGUGGCCGGGCGGCGCAGCCAAUGGGCGCGGCGCGGAAGGGCUUGAGGGCGGAGAGUGGGCGUGGCGUCGGCGCCUCAGCGGCUGCGCGGUAGCCGCUCCGUCCUUUCGGUCCCGGCGGCGGCAGGGCUGAGCCAGCGACGCCCUCCAUUCACUCUCCGCGCCCGCUCUCCAGCUGUCCGCCCGUUCCGCUGCCCGCCCCGCCACCAUGACGGAACAGGCCAUCUCCUUCGCCAAGGACUUUUUGGCCGGAGGCAUCGCCGCCGCCAUCUCCAAGACGGCCGUGGCUCCGAUCGAGCGGGUCAAGCUGCUGCUGCAGGUCCAGCACGCCAGCAAGCAGAUCGCCGCCGACAAGCAGUACAAGGGCAUUGUGGACUGCAUCGUCCGUAUCCCCAAGGAGCAGGGCGUGCUGUCUUUCUGGAGGGGCAACCUGGCCAACGUCAUCCGCUACUUCCCCACUCAAGCCCUCAACUUCGCCUUCAAGGAUAAGUACAAGCAGAUCUUCCUGGGGGGCGUGGACAAGCACACACAGUUCUGGAGGUACUUUGCGGGCAACCUGGCCUCCGGCGGUGCGGCCGGCGCCACCUCCCUCUGCUUCGUGUACCCCCUGGAUUUCGCCAGAACCCGCCUGGCCGCGGACGUGGGCAAGUCAGGCACAGAGCGCGAGUUCCGGGGCCUGGGAGACUGCCUGGUGAAGAUCACCAAGUCCGACGGUAUCCGGGGCCUGUACCAGGGCUUCAGCGUCUCCGUGCAGGGGAUCAUCAUCUAUCGGGCCGCCUACUUCGGCGUGUACGAUACGGCCAAGGGCAUGCUCCCCGACCCCAAGAACACGCACAUCGUGGUGAGCUGGAUGAUCGCGCAGACCGUGACGGCCGUGGCCGGCGUGGUCUCCUACCCCUUCGACACGGUCCGGCGGCGGAUGAUGAUGCAGUCUGGGCGCAAAGGAGCUGACAUCAUGUACACGGGCACCGUCGACUGUUGGCGGAAGAUCUUCAGGGACGAGGGGGGCAAGGCCUUCUUCAAGGGUGCCUGGUCCAACGUCCUGCGGGGCAUGGGGGGCGCCUUCGUGCUGGUCCUGUACGACGAGCUCAAGAAGGUGAUCUAAGGGCCGCAGCCGCCUCCCCACACACACCAAGGGAACCAAGAGAACCACGUAGAAUCCUCAGCCGUGCGGACCAUCAACCUUCGAGAAAUUCCAUUUGUCUUUUUCCCAGCCGGAUCCUGCCUGUAGACGGCGGCCGGGGAAGGCUCUAGAAGAGGGGUGCGAUGCGAUCCAGUCAUCGGCCCCCGAUUCCAUGUCUUGCUCACGGGGUGGGAGGGAACCAUGGCGUCCCCGCGGGCCCGUGGGUGAGGCACUCCAGUACUGAGACCUAGAGUCCAGACGCUUGUAGGACCCGAGUCGUGUUUUAAGUAUUUAUUUAAAACAAAAGAAUCAUGUUUCCCAUUUGUACUUCAGUGCUAGCCCCUGUUUUUGCACAGCCGAAUACUAGCACGUAUGUUCUGUGUUGGGCAUCCUGCUGCAAAACAAUAAACCCAGGACACAGAGGGCCUCCUGCCUG